GAAGAUGAUCUCAACUAACUUGUUCGUUUGUGCCUAGAUCUCCAUCUACAAGUUUAUAUAUAAGCCACUACGCUGUAUUAGAAAGUCCUUAAUUUGGAUUUUCUGUGAUUCUUCUUUGCUUUCUUUUCUCAACCAACUCUUCUUUCCUGUAAAUUAAUCAAAACCCUCCUCCACUCUCUAUAUAUACACAUAUAUUCUCACUGAUUUCUCUUGAAUUUCUGUAACUCUCCUUUCUCUAUCUCUAAAAUGGCCGACAUAGAUCAUUACCAAACAAAACCAAAUAACCCAUCUGGUUUAAAGCUCUUCGGUUUCAAUCUUUCAUCAGAAAAAGAUCGUAACAUUAACAACAAAACUCAUCAGAAUGACUAUCAGGCUCUUGAUGAAAUCAGCAACUUUUCUAAUUUUCAACAAAACGAUGGCAAUCAUUCAAUGACUCGUAAAUACGAGUGUCAAUAUUGUUGCCGUGAAUUUGCAAAUUCUCAGGCCCUCGGUGGCCACCAAAACGCGCACAAGAAAGAGAGGCAGCUCUUGAAGCGCGCACAAUUGCAAGCCACUCGGAAUUUUGUAAUGUCUUCAGUACAUUUUCAAGAUCCCAUGUUAUUAAGGCCCUACACGUCGCUCCCCCGCCUCUUUGCCCCGGCUCCGGUGGCGGCUUCUCCUCCGUCGCCUCAGUAUCAUCCCUCGUCGUUUUACAUGUUGCAAGGGAACAACACUGUGGUAUCGCCACCGCUUAUGUCUCAUCAGUAUGGUAGUGCUUAUAGUAAUGUUUGUAAUAAGACAAACUCUGGCCUGGGAAGGCGGGUCGUCGGGGAGGAUGCGAAAGUGUUGACGGCGGAUUCUCACGUCCCGGCGGUUAGUAAUAGAUUGUUGCCGGAGAACGGUCGGUCUAGAGCGUUGGAUUUGCAUCUGAGCCUUGGGCCGGCCGUCCCUUAAAUUUAAUCACAGGUCAAAUGGAGUGUUCAUGAAUGUAAAACCUUUGCAAUUUCUAACUUCUUUUCAAUUGUGAUAAUCCCAUUCAAUUAGAAAUUCAGAAUGGUAUGAUGUUAAUAUUC